GGUUGUUUGAGUUCUGUGGAGUUGGCAGGUUCCACCCGGGAUACUUGCUGAAGGGCGAGAGCCUCGGGGGCGGCGGCUCCGGGGCUGGUGUGUGGGCCGUUGUCCGUGCUCGCUUGCCGCGGGGUCUGCCCUUCGGUUCCACGUCAGCUCCUCUCACCCGAAGUCGACACUUGAAGGGAGUCGGCAGAUGCCGGAAAGAGUCGUGUGGGAGCCUGACCGCCCAAAGCGCAGAUGGCUGCCAGCUCCGGGGCCUCCGAGCCACUCCUGCCGGAGGAAAUUGUGGUGGUGAAAGUGGAGGAAGACUCCCGCGGGGGUCUGGAGUCCGACGCGCCCGGGGCCUGCGCGGAUUCCGAAAGCUCUCGCCUGCAGUUCAGGCGGCUGCGCUACCACGAGGUGGCUGGGCCGGCGGAGGCGCUGAGCCGGCUCAGGGAGCUCUGUCGGCGGUGGCUGAGGCCCGAGCUGCACUCCAAGGAGCAGAUCCUGGAGCUGGUGGUGCUGGAACAGUUCCUGAGCAUCCUGCCUGAGGAGCUGCAGGCUUGGGUGCGGGGACACUGCCCGGAAAGCGGGGAGGAGGCCUCGCCGGCCCGGGACUCGCCCCAGGGGUUGGUGACCUUAGAGGCUGUGUCUGUAACCUGGGAAGAGUGGGAGCGUCUGGAUGCAGCUCAAAGGGACUUCCACAGGGAGAGUUCACAGAAGAAUUACCGGAACAUGGUCCCGCCUAGUUUGGAAACAAGAGCUGAGAACAAGGAGUUGAUUCCAAAGCAAAAAAUUUUAGAAGCAAAGCCCCAGCCAUGGCUACAAGAAGUAUCCCAAGGAAAGGGGCCCCUGUUUUCUGAGUGUGACAAUACUCAUGAGCACAGAGUAGAAAAGCAGCCAACAAACUUCAUGUCACUGAAACUCAAAAGUUCUCCUGAAGAGCAAGGACUCAGCAGAAUUUCAAAUCUCAGUGUGAAUGGUUCCACGGAAAGAGUCUCUAAAAAUAAUGAAUUUGGGAACAGGGCCAGAAGUUCCAGCUUUAUCUUUGGUCAGCACAACCAGAGUGUGUCUAGGCCCAUUGAUGGUAAAGAACAUGGGAACAAACAUAAACAAAGUUUAGAUAAGGUGAAAUGUCACAUAGUAAAACCUCACAACUCUGUUGACUUUGGAGACAGUGUCCCUUGCUCUGGCCUUUUUGAGACCCAGAGGCAGUUCUGUGAAGAAAAACCUUAUAAAUGUGAUAACUGUGAGAAGAGUUUCAAACAGCGCUCAGAUCUCUUUAAACAUCACAGGGUCCACACUGGUGAGAAACCCUAUGAAUGCCAAGAUUGUGGGAAAAGCUUCAGUCAGAGUGCUGCCCUCAUUAAACACCAGAGGACCCACACAGGUGAGAAGCCAUAUGCAUGCCUGCAGUGCGGGGAAUGCUUCAGACAGAGCUCCCAUCUAAAUCGGCAUCAGAGAACCCAUGCUGGAGAGAAAUACUGUAAAUGUGGGGAGACCUCACAUUCCAGCCUCUUUAAGCGUCAGAGACUCCAUAAUGGGGAGCGACGCUAUAAAUGUGAGGAGUGUGAGAAGAGCUUCAAACAGAGCUCGGACCUCUUUAAGCAUCAGAGAAUCCACACUGGGGAAAAGCCUUAUGGAUGUUCUUUCUGUGGGAAAAGCUUCAGUCAGAGUGCAACCCUCAUUAAACACCGGAGAACUCACACUGGAGAAAAACCUUAUAAAUGUCUGGAAUGUGGGAGAUGCUUUAGACAGAGCACACACCUUAUCCGUCACCAAAGAAUCCAUCGAAAUAAAGGCCCGUGAUUUUGAUA